CUCCCUAUUCUACGAACUCUGAACAUGUUCAUAGGUGAUAGCUCAUUUGUGUGAAGCCUUUUUUCAUGAAAAUGACCUACACCAAGUUUAUUUUUUUUUCUCAUAAGCUUGUCACAUAUGACGGCUAUGUGCACAAGAAUUACAACAUUUUGAUUUUUUUUGAAUUUUAAAAAACAUUUGAACUUGAUUUUGACAGAUCACUUCAAAAAAUGAUUUUUCAAAAAAAAUGCCCCUAUACUGAGUUUAUAUUUUUUAUGGUAACUAGGUCUCAUAAACGGACGAACUACGUUUGUUUUAUAUUUUUGCAAUUUUUCUAAUUUAGUUAUGGCCAUUUGGAAUCUGGUCAAACCCUAAUAACCCCGUUGACUCGCUCAUAACCCCGCAGAAAUGCUCCAAACCCUAGCAUCGAACGUCCGCUGUCGGAUCCUACCAAGCGCCAAACACCACCCGUCAGAUGUGGGGCAGGCAUGCACGAUCCGCGUGAUGCAUCCUGAUUGGCUACUGCACUGUCCUUCUCGGGUUUUUACGACCUACCCCACUUUACAUAUGAAAUUGUAUUUUUCGCACAUGACCACCACAUGUCAGUGUUAAGAGUUGGUUCAAAUAUUCAAACUACUAAAUACAAUGUGGCAAAUCGUCAAUAUAGCUUCCCCUUCUCCUCUUCUCCAUCUGACAGACAAAGGCAUCGAGCAGAUCGGGCAAUUCCUCUGUUUCUUUCCCCAUCUUCUCGUUCUUCUUCCUCUCGAGCAAUUCCUCUGUUUAUUUCCCCAUCUUCUCGUUCUUCUUCCUCUCGAGCAAUUCCUUUGUUUCUUCCUCUCGGGCGAUAUGUCGACCUCCUCGUCAGCCCCCCGUUCCACGUGGCCGGUGUAUGGUCCAGUGCCGAUGACUCGAUGCACUGACUGCCCAUGGACUGCGCCACUGAAGUGGUUGACUUCGAAGGAGGAGAAGAAUGGGAACUUUGGGCGCGAGUUCGUCAAAUGCGAGAGCAAGCCGGAGGGGCAGAUCGUGAAGAAAUGCCACCAUUUCGAGUGGAUGGAUGAUUACAUCCAGAGGCUUCAAGGGUUGGGCUUGCUGGAUUCGAGGGGGAAUGCAAUCCGCGAGUUCAAUCUGCCCCAUGACAGUGCCGCUCCAGCAGCAGCAGCGCGUCCGGAAUACCCGACGGUGGUAGAUGUCGAACUGAAGACGGAAUUGAAGAAGAUGAACAAGAACUUCAAGCAGCUGAUUGAGUUGAAGAAGCAAUCCAAUCUGAUAGCUUUAGGAAUACUUGCUCUAGGAAUUUUUUACUUGAUGGCCAUCUCUCAUUAGAGAUGUUUGUCUACUGUUGUUGCCACUGUUUAGCAAUCCAAGUCUGUUUAUCUCAAAUGCAACUCUGUUUAGUGCAACUGUCGCUCUCUGAAUGUAUGCAGU